CCCCUUUGCAGUGUUGGACGGCGUUGGGAGGCGGCCACGCCCCCUCGCAGCUUGAGUCCGGCUGCGCUGUCCGGGCUUGUGAGCUUCGCCGGUUGGUCGCGGCUCGGAGUCCGGUGGCCGGUGCACUAUAUGUCGUGAAGGAAGAAGACCCGGCAGGCCGGUGAAAAUGAUCCUCUGCCCCCCGAGCACGGAGCAUCCCCGCGGAAAACAGUGCCAGAGGCUGCAGGUGGCAAAGAUGAGCUCCGGUGACAAAGAACGAACUCCACAGUUGCUUUUUGUGAAAGCCUUGGCCAGCAGGGGGCGCCUUGAAGCCAUCGCCCAGCAGAUGGGCUAUCACCCGCAGUACCUGGACAGCUUCCUCCGGAUGCAACAUCACCUGCUGCAUAUGGACGGGCCGCUACCCUUUGACUGCCGCCACUACAUUGCCAUCAUGGCAGCAGCUCGGCACCGGUGUCGCUACUUGGUGAAUCUACACGUGCUGCAGUUCUUGAGGGUGGAUGGUGACCCCCUGUGGCUGAGAGGCCUGGAUUACAUCCCCUCAAAGCUCCGCAAACUCAGUGAGAUUAAUAAGAUCCUGGCACACCGCCCGUGGCUCAUUGGCAAGGAGCACAUUGAGAAGCUGCUGAAGAUCAGUGGGCAGAGUUGGUCCCUGGCAGAGCUGGUCCAUGCUGUUGUGCUUCUGGCCCACUACCACGCGCUAGCCAGCUUUGCUUUUGGCUGUGGCUGCGAACAGGACGUCUGCCCGGAGGGGCGAGGCUUGCUGAAGCUGACCCUCCCAGGGAGCCUGUGCUUCUGUGACAUCAGCAACGGCUGCUGCCAGGAGCUGCUUCAUCUCAACCGCAAGCGGUCCUUGGAUUCCUGCGUGGAGCUGGAGUCCCUACGAGAGCGCAUUCACAGGCUGCAGGUGGAGAACGAAGCACGGGAGGAGAUGAGGCCCCCUGACAGGGAUGAAGGUUUUGAUGGUGAAAUCUCUGGCACAGCAGACCUUUCCUGCUACAUUCAGGACCCAAGCUUCGGAUACCUUGACUUCGUUCAGCGUGAUGAGGACCAACCACAGAUAUUCCGUGUGCAGGAUUACUCUUGGGAGGACCAUGGCUUCUCACUGGUGAACAGACUGUACUCUGAUAUUGGGCAUCUGCUAGAUGAGAAAUUCCGGAAGGUUGACGGACUCCAGAGCUGUGCGAUGGCUAAGCGGCAGGGCUGCGAACACGCCACGUUCAAGCGUGGCAUUUGGAACUACAUCCACUCCAUGUUCGGCAUCAGGUAUGACGAUUACGACUACGCAGAAGUGAACCACCUUCUGGAGCGGAUACUCAAGCUCUACAUAAAAACUGUGACCUGUUCCCCAGAGAAGAUGAAUCCGGAGAUGUUUGAGCGCUUCUGGAAGCAGUUCAAGCACAGUGAAAAGGUCCACGUGAACCUUCUCAUCCUAGAAGCCCGGCUGCAGGCGGAGUUGCUGUACGCCCUCCGGGCCAUCACUCACUACAUGGUCUCCUAGAGGGCUGCAGGGGACCCUCUUGGGACUCGGACUCAUCCACCAUGCCAUUUCAGUCCACCACAUUUACUUGACAGCUUUCCCCUUCUCCCCCCCCCUUGAGACGUGAAAGACAGAGAUGCGCCCCACCCUCCCGCCGAUCCUCUGUCGUAUUCUGCAGUUGCUGAACCGCGGAUCUGGGAGAAGACUGUAUUGGACCAGGUAGCUGGCUGCGUGUAGGGCCUUUGCAGCCAACAGCACUAGGAGCUGUUCCCGCCCCCUCCUGCGGGCAGGUGUGUCUGCGGCGGGCGUGGCGAGCCACGAAGGUGGUUAGAUGUUUGUGUGUAAUGGGGUGGUGGGGGGGCAUUACUGCAAUUUGUUGUUGGUCAGGUUGUAGCAGCUCUCCUUGAGUUCAGCAUCCGUCACAGUAUUAGAAGAGCCUUGCCUUGCCUUGCCUUGUGCCAUAAUUGUGCCAACUUCUUGACCUCCUCACCUUGGGAAAGGUCUUGGAUGUUCUCUUGGUUGUGGUGAUUGGAGGUUUUAUUAGCUAAACUUCUGGAAGAGAUAAGUCUCUGGACUUUAGUAAGGAAGAACAUGCUUGCUUGCUACUGGUUGGGGAAAGGUCUACAGAAGUCUUCUGGAACCUGGUGCCCUCCAAAUGUUGCUCCCGUCAUUCCUGACCAUUGGCCAUGCUUGCUGGGGCUGAUGGGAUUUGAAGUCCAACAACAUCGGAAGGGCAUCAGGUGGGGGAAGAGUGCCCUACAGCAUUUCUACUAGCGAGAGAGUUCCACCCUAUUCCUCUCCUCAGAGUUGUUUUCAGCAGUCAAAUUUUUGUUCCUACCUCUGCCCUCUUUCUAUAUGCAAACUCAUGAUCCCUGCAAGCUUUGCAACUUGUCUGGCCAUCCGUCCAGCUGUCGUUUUAUGCUUCCCCUUACUGACGUCUGAUUUCAUGACUGCGUAGCAAGAUGACUAUGCCCCCCAGCACCUUCUAGUUUGAGCUAUAGUGAGCUGUGGACUCCUGGGGUCUCCACCUUGCAUUCCUUGCACUUCCAGUCACCACCAAAGGUGGGUUCUUCCAGUAGGUAUGCCCUUUUUUUCUUCCAGGGAACAGAGUCCGAUGCCAGGAGCUGGUUUUGGGUGGGUCUUUCUGUAAACUAAACAUGCUGUUGCUAGGACUUCACCAUCACUGGGUGGGGUGGGGGUGGCUGCCACUCUGCAUACCCAGCAGACCACUCUCCUUGCUGGCACAUGGCAAUGGUGACCCUUCUUUGGGGCAGUUGUGCAUGCUUGGGCCACCGUACACAGCCUGCAUCUUCUGCGAAACUAUGGGCAGGGCAGGGGGUUGUGGUGGAGAGAUGCUGGGGGAGGGGGGGUCAUUAAGAGCAGAGGACACCAGGGUGGUGGGGAGCUGGAUCAGCACAUACAGCGGCAGCUGACCUGUUUACUGUGUAAAUGUUUUUUGGGGGGAGGGGAACAGAACAUUGUGUGGGGAAGAAAGUAAAAGCCUAUUUUUGCUAUAAAUAUAAUUGUUUGACACGGA